AUUGAUAAAUUUAACGAGGGUGCAUAAAAGGCCCUAAUGGUGCUUAAUUAACACGACCUACGUAUCAUAUAACUAUUGGUAUAAUUAAGAAUAUGGUGUCAUAAAUUUAAAUUAAUAAUUAGCAUGAAAUAGCACUAACCAUUUGCAAGAUACAACCUGAAAGUAGUGUCAAAUAACAAUCCUCAUCUAUUAGUUAUAUAUAGAAUUUGAAAAAUUUUAAACAUGCUGGCUUUAUAGCUCAAUAUAGUUUCCUAGUUGCCCUAACCAGAACGUUAUUAACAACCUUUUUUAUAAGGAACAUUAUUUAUUUAUUUAUUUGAAAUGGAAAUAAACUUUAUUACUUAACUAAGCUUACUUUUUCAAACUUUAAUUAAUAUAGUACAAAAGUGACGAAACUCUCAAGGUACCUACACUAAUAAUAUAUUAUUUAUAGAACAAAGUAUUAUUGGUGUUUUCACAAACAAAUUAUUAAGCUCUUCAAGCCCUAUCAUCACUAUCUACCACAUGGAAUUCCAACAAAUAGUACCCUCUUUCCAAGUCGUUCUCUUUUCAGUUUUUAUGCUUAUUUUGGUGAGCAUACUCUUGAAGCGGAUCAGUUAUUGCUUGUUUGAACUCUAGAGGGUACUAUUUGUUGGAACUGAUCAGUUAUCUAGAGGUCAAACAAGCAAUAAUUGAUCAACUUCAAAACUACCCCGAGGUCCAUGGAGACUACCCUUUCUAGGAAACUUGCACCAGCUUUUGGGUCCUUUGCCUCAUCAAAAAUUCAGAGACUUGGCCAAAAAACAUGGACCUUUAAUGUACCUCGAAGUCGGACAAGUUCCAACCAUAGUAGUUUCAUCACGAGAGUAUGCUAAAGAGGUCUAGAAAGUCCAUGAUAAUGCUCUUGCAUCAAGACCAGAUACUCUUGCUACACGAAACUUGUCAUAUGAUGGCACUGACAUUACAUUUGCUCCACAUGGUCAGUAUUGGAAAGAGGUAAGAAAGAUUUGUGUGCAAGAGCUUCUAACCUCAUCUAGGGUUAAAACUUAUCAAUCCAUUAGAGAAGAAGAGAGUCCUUUAAUAGUGUAAAAGAUAUAGCCUCAAAAGUUGGCUCACCUAUCAAUCUUACUAAAAUGUUGAAAAGUUUGUCUUAUAGCAUCACAUAUAAGACUGCCUUUGGCAACCAAAGGAGUGAUCAUGGUGACUUCAUAUCACUUAUGAAGGAUAUUGUGCAAUUGUCUGCUGGGUUUGCAUUUGGAGAUCUCUUUCCAUCUUUGAGUUUUCUUGAUUGUAUACUAUAAUUAAAUUAAACCAUUUGAAUCGAAGGUCAUCAAGAAUAGUGGAAAGAAUCAUCAAGUCACAUAUCGAUCAAGACAAGGAGAUCAAGUCUCCCCAAAGAAAAGUAAAGAAGAGGAAAAAUUUGUUGAUGUUCUUUUGAGGUUUCAUGAGAGUGAAGAUCCUAAUAAGUUCACAUUAACAAAGGACAAUCUUAAAGUAAUUAUUCCUGUAUGUGUUGAAGAAGAUCAGGCUCGCUCGCCAAACUGAAUGAUGCCGGCGAUCAGCUCACCAAGAGGUUGCUAUUUUUGCAUUGUCACCGGAUACUGUAACGGCGGGGACAUGGCUGAACUGAUGAAAAAAUCAAAUGGGGUUUAUUUUCCUGAGGAGAAAAUCUGCAGGUGGUUCACACAGCUACGUACUACUGGCGGUUGAGUACUUACAUUCGAACUAUGUUCUACAUCGCGACUUAAAAUGUUCCAAUAUCUUUCUCACAAAGGACCAGGAUGUUCGUCUUGGGGACUUUGGACUAGCUAAGACUUUGAAGGCAGAUGACUUGCCUUCCUAUCCUCGGUGGUUGGAGCUCCAAAUUACACGUGUCCUGAAUUGCCUUCUGAUAUUCCUUAUGGCUUUAAAUCUGAUAUUUGGUCUUUAGGUAUGUGCCUUGUUUUGUGUGUAUGUGAUAUACUUGCAGUUUUGUCAUCCUGCUAUUCCCCGUCCUUAUAAGUGUUGCCUAAUUAAGCUUAAUGUGUUUUUAUAUUUGAUGAUCAUACAAUAAAUUAAUAACGUACAUUUUCACCGUCAUUCUAGGAUUAACAACUAUAUGCUUUAGAGGUUGAUCAGUAUCACCACCACCACCAGCAUGUUUAACAUUAAAAAAUAUAAUAAUGAUAAUAAUUUUUCAAUCUAGUUAAAUGUAGCUAGAUUAGCAGACUAGAUCGACUUUUCUAAUAUUUAAUUAGCUAAUAUAUGUGCCUCUUUUUUGGGAGUGAAUAUUUUUUCUCAUACAUUAUUAUAAAUUAUAAAUAUAAACGGUAGUCGAUUGUUUGAAUAGUUGGUUUUCUGUUUUGCUUGAAAAGUUCUCAACACUGUAAAAAUUUGAAAAAGCAAAGACAUAUAUAUAUAUAUAUAGAGAGAGAGAGAGAGAGAGAGAGAGAGAGAGAGAGAGAGAGAGAGCAUACCAGAGUAUCAAAAGAUGAAGAAAAAAUCGGUGGUCGAUGGCAAGCACAGGUGGAGGAGGUGGAGGGGCUCUCGGCAGUGGAGGGGCGCCGGUGGUGUUGGGUUCCAUCACCGUGUGUGAGAGAGAGGGAGAUGGAGUGAGUGAGAUCGAGAGAGGGAGAUGGAGUGAGUGAGAUCGAGAGAGGGAGAUGGAGUGAGUGAGACGGAGUGGGUGAGUCGUGAGGGUUUCAGAUGGAGGGAAAAUGAUGAGCAAAAUAGAGGGAAUGAAAAAUGGGUUCGAUAUAGAGGGGGUUUUAAUUUUUUUAACCCUAUACCCGACGGUUUUGAACCGUCGGGCAAAGAAUGGGCCACAUUUUAAAAUUGUGGCAAAUACUUUGCUCGACGGUUCAAAACCGUCGGGUAUAGUGUAAUAUUUUUUUAAAAAAAAAAUUUGCUCCGCAUUUUUAAACCGACGCUUAAUCUAUACGAGUGAUAAAAACCGUCGCCUAUAGUGUAUUAUAGGCGACAGUUUUUAACACUCAGAUAAUUUUUUCAGCGACAGUUCAAAAAAAAAGCAUUUUUCAAACCGUCGGGAAAUCUGCCUUUUGUAGUAGUGAUGAAUGAUCAUUACGUACCCAUUAGAACUUUAUAUCCAUCAACUGAUUUGUAACAAAAAAAUGACUCUCGAUUUGG